UUUUGCCCUCCUCCUCCAACUCUUUCUCAUCCCGUCUCAUCUCGUUUGUCGCUCUCCAACCAACUAGUCCGACUGUACUCUCUCUUCGGAGAACUGCCCGCCGAAGUCACAGCCAUGGAAGAAGACAACAUAAUAAUGCCCGUUUGACCCACGGAGCUUGUCCAAGAUGCCAGGCCUUCUGUCCAGUCCUGUUUGUCUCACAGUCAUCUGGUUUUUGUCUUGGUCACUGCCUCCCAGCCGUGCUCAGAUUUGGACUGAUGAAGUGUCGGACGUGCAGUUUGGGCGUUUGGAGUCGAACAUCACACUGGCAUGUGGGAAGUCACAAAUCAGUUUCCCUGUGGUGUGGCAUCACAACCACAGCUCUGUGUUGUCGUGGCACCAAGUGACAUUCAACGGAAGCUUAGUCCUGUUUCUCGUCGACCAAUCAGCACAGGGCAACUACAGCUGCUAUGACAACAACGGGCUCCUCCUCCACUCGGUCAUACUCCGACUGGGCUAUCCCCCUGGACUGCUAAGCAUUUCCUGCCGUGUACCCAAUCACACACUUGUUCGCUGCUCCUGGAGGGACUCUGUGAAAACCUUCCUGCCGGCCAAGUACAACACCUCCUUCAGAGGGAAGGAAGAGAAGGAGCCAACCAAAUUGUGCAUCGUGGAUUCCACCAACAGGCACUGUGUUGUACAAGAUCCAGCAUUCUGGCAGACUAUCCACACAUUUGGAGUCACAGAGACAAACGCUCUUGGAUCCCAGACAUCUUACCACAAAAUCAGACUAAAUGAGCUUUUGAAACCAGACCCUCCACGGUCUGUGUUCAUACAGGAAGUGGAAGGUUAUCCAUCAAAGUUAUGGGUUUCAUGGAAGAAUCCAUCGUCUUGGCCGGAGGACCGUUUCUUUCCCCUGAAAUUUCAUAUUCGAUACAGACCACAGGGAUCCAUGCAUUGGUCAGAGAUAAUGACAGAAGAGAAUUCAAUUGAAAUACCUGAUGCCACAGCACACCACUCCAACCAGGUUCAGGUUCGAGCCCGCGACGACGUCAGCCCGGAGAGCCAGUGGAGUGAAUGGAGUGCCCUGAGUUUCCAUAUGCCCUGGCAAGCGGCCACCACCACUCACUCCUCAGAUGACCCAGACGAUAUCUGGGUCACCACAACGCCUGAAACCUUCACCUCCAAAACCCGCGGUGUCGUACAAGGGGAUGAUGGUAAUUUGGGUCUGGUGAUCCUCUUGGUUUUGUUCUCCAUCUUCAUACUUACCACCAUCCUUUCCCUGAUUUUUGUCAUAUGGAUGAGACAGAAACGGCGGGAACAUGCAACCAAACAGGAACUCGCCUCUAUGGUCAAGAUGAAAUCUAUGCCAAUCUAAUGAGACACUUACCUGGCAGCAUUUAAUGUGUCAAGUGUGUUUGAAGUGUCCACAACCUGUCAGCUUCAGCAGUGAGUAAACGUGUACUCCACACCACUGUGACAUGCUGACCAUCCAUAUUUCGGCUGGAAUUAUGAACAGAGCAUUACUCCAUCCAACUUCCAGGACAACAGGGACAAGAGUGGAAUGGAGAAUUUUUCGGUUUUUACCACAUGACUGCAGGGGAAAGUUUUGGAAGCCUUGCUGGACUUAUUCAGUGGCAUCCAAUUAACUGCACUACCCAUAAUGCAUUACAGAGUUGUCAGGAGAAACCCGAGACCAAACUCUGCUUACUUAAGCCGUGAUAACUCCUCAGAGGAAUGAAAAAUAACACAGCAUCACAACAGUUCUACUUUCACAACCAAUGCUGCUUCAGGUGGACUGACUCUCUGUGCCUUUUGAACAUUUUUUUUUUUUUUUUACUGACAAAAUAGGACAAGAAAUUCAGCUGCCAAACACAAAGUGAUAGGAUUUUAUUGUGGAACCGCUUGGCUCUUUCUCCCCAACCAGAACAUUUCCAUUUCUUUCAUUUAUUUUAUGAGUCUCUCUGUGUGAAUAAACACAAUCAUUCGUACGUUGACUGACUCAAUGCUGUGAAGGAAGCAGAAGCUCUGCCAGUCUGUGUGAGUGUGUCUGAUGCCAAAGCAGCAACAAUGGGCAUUACAGCCUCUGCUGGAGGGGGGUGGGAGGUGAAGGGGAGAUUAGAAAACAAUCUGUAACUAGCCUUGGACUUGAGGGACAUUAUGGGUUUUGGAGAAUGAGGGCUGAGGAGGAAAUGUUGGGUAGUAAGGACUUUAUCUGAUUUAUAAUGAUCAAUUUUAUGUUGCAUGAUACCAUGAUAUGUUGCAUGAUUGGUUUUACGUUGCAUGAUCCCAUUAUGAUGUCUGUCACUUAAAGUACAUGUAUUUUCUUGUUCAUUUAUGUCUUUUAUCCAUCCAUGGACAAUUUGUAUUUAUGUGACUGAAAGACUGAGAAGGAAAAGAAGAGAGACUGGCCUUUCACAAAUCACCAGCAUUAAGACAUCACUUACUUAGUCAUAUAUAAAAGAUCUUAGAAAGUUUUUGAUACACAAUUAAAUUCCAUCACAAGUUGAACCCAUUGAAAUUGAAUUGAAAAACCAUUGUAAACCACAUUAAAACGUACAAAAAUAUUCACUUUUAGCAGACAAUUUGCAGAUAAAGCAAGAAAUGUAUAGUGUAAUAAAUAUCAAGUCUUUUAAGGGCCCCUCUAAAUUUCACUAAAACCAGUACAUGAUGUUAAAAUGGUCUUUGCAGUGUGAGAGUUUCUCAACUGUUUGGUUCAUUGUCAUGGUGGCAGCCUGUUUCAGUGUUGCAUGAAGGAGUCCUGCAUUGGUAACCUUGUUCAUGAUAUGUGGGCAUUCUACACCACAGUUAGUUUGGUCAUCAGAAUUUGAGACACUGGCCUACAACCUAAUUCUACUCAAACUCAACAAGUCAAGUAAUUUAUUACUUUGCAGACCAGCUGAUAUUCACACAAGGCUCUCCAGGCUGCAAUCAAUGGGAUCUUACCAAACAGCUUAAACAAACACUCCAUGCUAAUUAAUACACUUCCUCCUUGAACAUAGAUAUGGUUUUGUACUGGGCAUCAAACAAGGUCCCACAGCUGUGGAGAAGUGCACACAACUCCAAAUUGUGCAAAACGUUUCUUGCUGCUGUUCAAAAUGUUAAAAAAAAAACAAAACCAUCGGGCUACCAGAAGCUGCUUCAUAGUUGCAUAAAAGUCAUUGCAAGCAUGAACACUCCAGUACCAAUUACUUUAAUUUCUCUCAGUUCAUACAAAUUGAUCUGUUGAGAUCUCAAGGCAUGUGUGCUUUCAGAACAUUAACCAAAGAAGCGUGGUUUACAACACCUGGCUUUUUAUGAAUCUGAUGAGUCGAAGAGGAAAUUCCUGCUAAUCUUUGUGUCACAUUUCCUAUUCAGACUGCAAUUGUAAUACAGGUGAAGUUGCUGCUCACUAUACUCAAUGUUAUGAACUGCUGACCAGCGUAUUUUUCAGAUUGUACAAAGACUGAAAGAAGAUUAUGUGAUGGAUCAGGAGGUGGAUCAAUGUACCACCUUUGAGAAAGCAGAUUGACCACCGAAGAAAAGUUUGAUUCGAAAGAAGCUGGCGAUGAGUAAGGGGAAGGAGGAAAAUUAAGCAGAAGUCAAUAAGGUUAAUACAAAAUCAUUACAUGCAAGCACUACAUAAACAAUUGUGGCGCCACCUUCUCUGAAAUAAGGCUGAAACUGAAGGUUGAGGUGCAGAAACCUCACAUAUAGAGUGGUGAAGAUUAAACAAAUUGUCAGAAGAGUAAUAAAAUAAUUGGCCUCACAGUGAAAUAUGAAAUCUGGGUAGGAUUUGGCACAACCCAGUCUGAGAGAUCAUGAGGGUUUUAGAGACCAUGAGAUGGUUUUAACCCAGUCAGGCCUUACAAAAUUCUGGAAGUUGUUAUUAAAGCCUUUAUUAAAGAAAAAGAUAAUCUAAAGAAAAAGGUUUACAGUUAUCACCGUCAUGUAGAAAGAGAAGAAAGUUUAACAUCCUAUGUGAAGUAAAAAAAAAAUUUCUUCUGUAUGUUAAGAUAGUUGAUUACAAAAUGAAAUUAUUAGACAUUUAAUGCCCAAGAGAAGGAAACGAAAAUCAAAGCAUUUCAUUUAACAGUAAAACUGAGAUGAAAGCAUCUUCCUUAGAAGUCUACUAAAGAGCUAUGUCAAAGUCUGACACAUGUAGUCAUAGUUUCUGCUGUUUAACCCCUUUCAAAGCCAGAGGAUGCAGAAAGUUUGCAUGUAGCAGAUCAGAUUAGUAGGAUCCAAAUAUUUGUAUUGCAACUUAUUUCUAUUUUCAACAUGGGGCUCCUUUAACUUCAGGGGGUGGCUUGUAGACAGUUACGUCGGAUGUUAGCAUGUGGUUUUGAACACCACCGUAAAUGAAUGGUUUUGGUUUGCUGAAGACAUUGCGCACUUUUUGAGGAACACAGUAUAGGCUGGGGUCGGGUGAGAAGAUUCACUUCAACUGCAUUAAUGAAGCCUAUAGUUGGUUUUUGAGGAUUGCACAGCUUUUUCACUUUGAUAAACUCUGAUAUUGUGUUAAUUAACCGUCAACUUGUCAGUGAAAGUUUAUAUAACUGAAUGUGCACAAGAUAAACUGACAAGGGUUGCUUUCACUCUACACACCAACUCACAAAAAUGUUAACGUUCUGAAAUACCUCUUUUACAGCUUUUUCCUUUACUUCCUCCUUCAAUGUUUUUCUUUCUUUCUUUUAUCCUUUGAUUUUAUUUUGCAAAUGUAAAGUUUUUUUGUUUAAUUCUAGUUUUAGAAACACAAGGGUGCAUCUAAGUCAAAUUGUUCCAGUUUGACGACUAUAUGUUUUCUAAAGCUAACUUCAUAUAUAUUUUUUGCAUGGAUUCCAGCAAAGCUUACCUGUAUAUUAUCAUUGUAUAUCACAGAUAAUGGAUGUUAAAGUGUAUGUGGUGUUUAUAAACCUGUUCAUGGGGGUAGGUUUGCAGACAUGGUUUGCUCAGUCACAAAUUAACAAAUAUUUUAGAGAAUUAGUAAAAAGAUUUUGUGACAUUUGAUCUAUCAAAAAGGAAUACUGUUGGUACAGUGCCUUGCAGUAUUUUUAUAUAAUCAUUCGAACACAUGGAUAUGCUUUCAGUUUAUCUUCAAUUAAAUGUCGCUCUGACUCGAAUCAUUCUAGUAUCUUUAAGGAGUCUUCAGUAGCAGCUAGUAUUGCAAUGAAUCUGAAAAGGCCUCUGACUGAAGACUGUCGCUGUAUGACAGUCAUGACAUGUGGAUUAAUAUUUGGGCAGCAGAGGCGAUAUUCAACAAAUAUCUGUUGUUGACAAGAGCUGCUAAUCCACCUCUUUUACUUUUACAGCUCUAAUAUUGUCCAGUAUGUAGUUCCAUCUAUCUUUCUUAUCUAUGCUUCGUUGUCCUAAAAAUAAACAAGCAUCCCCAUAUCAUGCUUCUGCCAUCACCAUGUCUCUCCAUGGGGCAUUUUGCACGCAGGCCAGAAAACUGUAUUAAUGUUUAAUUAUUGGAUACUUCUGCAAGGCACUCUAAAUCAAUACAAAAAACACAUAGUUUAGGUUUAGAACUAGCACUACUGACUGAGUAUAAUUCAUGUCUGCAGAACCUUUCCUGUGAUAUGUAUUUGUGUCUUUGACUCCAGUUACAUGAAGCUGUGUUGCUGUACACUUACUGUAUGGAUAGUGAAUCAGUUUUAUUCUGACAUGCUUAUUUCUAGGACUCAUUUUAUUUCUGUCCUGUCAAGUGAACCAUAGAUUUUCUCUGACCUCUUCCCUUAAAUUUUGUGUCAAUAUUUGGAUUUUUUAUUUUUUUUUAACCUAAUAUGGAUCAAACUGGAGUUGGAAGGUGGGACAACUUGCUCAAUGAAAAGCAGACAGACUAUAAUUUUUGACAUCGUGCUGAAAUCAAUGAAUUUGUGUUUGGUCCUGAAAAAAUUUAAUAUUUGCAGAUUGGUUCUGAAACAUUCUCAGUAUGGAUUCCGUGUGCUUAGUUCAGUAUCAUUGUCAUUCAUUUCCCUUGGUUUGAGGUUGACAGCUACUUGCUUUGUUUCUACAUCGUGAGCAUCUAUGGAUGUAUUUCUGUUUCACUUUGGUGGCGUUUUCUCUGGUUCUGUGGACAGAAUUCUUUCAUUAUCCCUCUGCAGUGUGAUACUGCAUGGAGCCUGUUGGUUUUUAAUCUUACAAGCUCAAUACACUCAGGCAUCCUCGCUCAGAUGUAAAUAGUUGUUGUUUUUUCUUGCAAUAUGUGUACAACACAUAUCAUCAUAAGCUGUUUUUCUUCCUGUACUGGUAUGUUUCUGUGAAAUAAAUACUAUUUUACCACAUUUUCAA